GCUAGCCCUGGGUUGAGGUUUUUCUGAACCUCAUUUCAAUGCUGUGGCAGAUGCACAGCUGCCAAGUGUUGACCAGGGAGGAGCGAGGAGCUGCAAGUGAAGGCGGUCGCCCGGCCCAGGGCUCAUAAGACGCUUCUGCCGUCUCUGCCACCAGCACACUUCCUUCUGCAUCACCCACUCCUGAGCAUGAGACACCGCGUGCACCUGGAGGGCCCAGGGUGGGGGGACGUCGGGCCCCCCUGACGAGCGUUCUCGGUCCACAGAGGAUCCUGACCCACGCCUACUCCAGAGUGGUCCUGAGGGUCCUGGAAGCGGCCGUGGCGGCCAAGAAGCGCUUCAGUGUGUACAUCACCGAGUCCCAGCCGGACUUGUCCGGUAAGAAAAUGGCCAAAGCCCUGUGCCACCUCAACGUCCCCGUCACCGUGGUCCUGGACGCCGCUGUUGGCUACAUCAUGGAGAAGGUGGACCUGGUCAUCGUGGGUGCGGAGGGAGUCGUCGAAAACGGAGGCGUUAUCAACAAGAUCGGAACCAACCAGAUGGCCGUGUGCGCCAAAGCACAGAACAAGCCCUUCUAUGUGGUGGCGGAGAGUUUCAAGUUCGUCCGGCUCUUCCCACUGAACCAGCAAGACGUCCCAGACAAGUUUAAGUACAAGGCGGACACGCUGAGGUCUGUGCAGACUGGACAGGAUCUCAGAGAGGAGCACCCGUGGGUCGACUACACACCCCCCUCCUUGAUCACACUGCUGUUUACAGACCUGGGGGUGCUGACGCCCUCAGCCGUCAGCGACGAGCUCAUCAAGCUGUACCUGUAGGUCUUCCUGUACCUACAAGCUGUACCUACAGGUGCCUUCCUGCCUCGAGGUGACGUAGCUGCAGCGGGGGAGGAGCCUCUGGACCCCGCGUGAGCCAGGCCAAAGGGAACUGUUUUCAUGAAGAUUUAUGGACUAAGGACUUAAAAUCAUAAUUUUGGUGGAGUUUUUAUUCUUUCCAGUCCUGUUUAAGCAUGUUCCCGGUUCCUGUAAAACUCAACCUAAAUUGUGCUGAUGGGUCCCAGACACUGUCACUCACUCCUGUUUCUAGAAAUACACGUUAGACUAUUGGCUACUUAACCCUCCAGACCCCUCCCCUCGCCCUCUGCCUGCAGUGAUUGGCCUCGGCCGUUAGAGGAUGCAGGCCCCUUACAGAGCAGGCGUUCCUCACUGCGCAGGCCCCGGAGCAUGCGGUGCCUCGAGGGCAGGAAAUACCUGCUCAGGUAGCAUUGCUUCCCCUGGUGAACACGAGCCAGAGUGCAGCCUGGACAGCAUCGAGCCAACGGAGCAGCUCACCGCCAGUGCCGCCGCCCAGAAUGUUCAGAAACGAAAACUGUGUGAAAGAUGUGGAUCUUAAAGGUUUUGGACCUGAACGUUUAGAAGUUGUACUUGGGAAUAAAUAACACAAAACACUGA